AUGGAGCAGCGCAUCGACAUCCUCCAAAAGGAGAACGAAGCAUUGCACUCUCAAGUGAGGUCCACUGCCUCCAUCGCCACCGGAUCCAGGUUCCAGUACCGACGAGACACCGCCGGGUUAAACCGCCAUUUGGAUCUUGACGCCGCUCCAGAUCACCCCCUCCAUGUACCUUGUGGCGAACCUGGGGGUCCUGUUCUCCAGCAGAUCCGCGAGUUCGAUCCAUUACCGAACCAACCCCGUUCUAACCCGAGUUGGCUUCCCCCGCCUCCAACUCAACCAUCUUCUGCAGGUAUAUCGGCAGCAGUUGUCACCUCGACGGCCGCCCGGGUAACCCCACCUCAGGUCGGCAUGACGACAUCCACCAUGGUGACGGCCCCCGCCUCCGCUCCGGUGUCUCGUCCGCUGCCUCCCCCAAUGGUGACCGCGUCAAUGCCCCUGCUUGUUACGCUUCCGGCGCAAGGACCAACGCCAGCGAUUCAAAUGCCAUGGGAUCAACUCUUCUCUCAACAAGUCGUCCAACCUGUCGUCAACCUGGUCACCUCGACACCAGGGGCACCUCCCCAGUUGAUGACGGCCCCUUCAGCUAACCAGGCGCCGCAAGCAGCGUUUCCCAAUGCGAACGCCCAAAUGCGCCCCGACUCUUCUCGAAACUAUUCUCCAUACACACCUCUUAACAGGUCAGUCGUUCCGGUCAAUCACGGUUUCGUAACUCCUUUCCCUUAUAUUGCAGGUACCCGCGCUACUCAAGGAACGCCCCCUUACAUGCAACAAGUGGUGCCACAGUUCAAUCCUCACCAACAUCAAGGCGUAUACCCACAGAGUACCUACUAUCAACAUCUCCAAGCCAGCCUUCCAGAAACGUUUAGCCCCCUCGUUCCGGUGCUCAACAACAUCUGUGAGAACACCAAUCACCAACUUCAACAAAUAAUGACCAUGAUAAACAAAAUUCCUGGUGUACCAACACCGAUCAAAGAAGCCAGCCUAGACAGUUAUGCCGACUCCCCAUAUGCUGAUCCCAUUGAUGCAAUAGACAUCCCAAAACGAUUUAGCCCACCCAACAUGCCCAUGUACGACGGGACGACCGACCCCAGAGAACCUACAAGCACAUGA